UUGACGUCCUCGCCUCCUUGUGGCGAAAUCCGGGACCCGGAAGUGAAUGUUCUCUUGCACAGAGGCAGAACUGCACGCGUUUCUGGAUAUGACCGCCGAUUUAUUAGGCUGAAGCAUGAGAUGUUAUUGCGUGCCACAAUAAUGGAACCGUCUUGCAGCUCGGUGCUAAGUAGCAAAGGAGUGAUUAACGUCCCACAAGAGCAGAUUUGAAGUCGGCUGCUUGCGGUGUGUCAUAGCACAGCAUGUUGGUGACUGCGUACCUCGCCAUCAUCGUCCUGCUUGCCCUAUGUGUCGGCCUCGAGCUCACGGCACGCCGUCUCAGCCCAUUUGAGCCUACCCAGACAACCGCAGCCAACCCAGCUUUCCGCCGCUUCCAGAACGUCUUCCUCCGGGCCUACCUGCUGGCCCUGUGGGCGGACUGGCUCCAGGGUCCUUAUCUCUACAAGCUCUACCGCCACUACAGCUUUCUAGAGUCUCAAAUAGCCAUCAUUUAUGUGUGUGGCUUGGCCUCGUGUGUGCUGUUUGCUCCCAUUUCAGGCUGGCUCCCCCAAGCACUGGGCCGGAGACACACAUGUCUACUUUUCUGCUUGUCGUACUCUGCCUGCUGUCUCACCAAGCUGUCCCGAGACUAUUUUGUUCUGAUUAUCGGCCGCAUUCUGGGCGGUCUGUCCACAUCCUUGCUCUCCACCACGUUUGAAGCCUGGUACGUGCACCGGCAUGUUGAUGUCCACGAUUUUCCCAAAGAGUGGAUCCCUAGCACCUUCACCAAAGCUGCCACAUGGAACCAUGGGCUCGCAGUGGGGGCUGGCCUGGUGGCUAACUUAUUGGCUGAGUGGCUCCACCUGGGCCCCGUGGCUCCUUUUCUUCUAGCUGUCCCCUGUUUGGUGUGCUGUGCUUGGGUGGUGUUGACCGACUGGGGAAAGGAAGAAGCAGCGGAACGACCUGAAGCUGACAAACAGACACCUACCGUCGGAAGGUUGACUCUCUCCUCCACAAAGGCCCGGUUCUCACGCAGCUGCCACGAUGGACUCCGGUGCUUGCUGUCAGACAGGAGAGUCAUGCUCUUGGGUGGCGUGCAGGCUCUCUUUGAAAGUGUCCUUUACAUAUUUGUUUUCCUGUGGACCCCAGUACUGGACCCUCACGGGCCUCCUUUAGGCAUUGUCUUUUCCUGUCUAAUGGCUGCCUCAAUGGUUGGGUCCUUAAUGUACCGCCUCGCCACCUCCACCCGCUACCGCCUACAGCCCGGCCACGUGCUCUGCUUGGCUGUUCUGAUGGCGUUUUUCUCAUUCUUCAUGUUGACUUUUUCCACGGCGCCGGGCCAGCCGAGGCCUCACGAAUCCCUGUUGGCCUUCCUGCUGCUGGAGCUGGCCUGUGGCCUCUACUUCCCGGCGGUCGGCUUCCUCCAGGGCAGAGUGAUCCCAGAAGAGAAGCGAGCCGGAGUGCUGGCUUGGUUCCGCCUACCUCUGCAUCUCCUGGCCUGUAUUGGGCUGUUGGCGCUCCACGGUGAGGUGUCAGGCACAGGUGGUGGGGAAGGGGGCAGUGGUACAAGACACAUGUUUGGAGGCUGCGCGCUCAUGAUGCUGGCAGCCUUGAUGGCUGUCGUCAGUUUGUUCACACUGGGCAGAAAUGACUCGGACCUCAGACUGGAGGGAGCCAGAGGAGAAGGCGAAAUGUACUGAAUGACAUCGCAAGUCUUAUUGCUGUCAGUUUCACCUCUGUCAUGUCAUUUCUUUGCAGCUGAAAUUAGAAACCAAUAAAAGGUCACAAAAUG